AUGAGGAACGAGACACCAUAUCUUCCUCAAGAAAUUGUCAGAAAUAUUCUCGCACGACUUCCCGUAAAAUCCCUAAUCCGAUUUCAAUAUGUGUGCCAGGAUUGGAAGAAUCUGUUCAAAACCCCAUGUUUCAUUGCAGAACACCUCCACCAUUCCACUCAGCAAAACUCUUUACUUGUUACCGAUUGCUAUAUCAGCAAAUGUAUAGCUGAUACUUGGCAUUUAAGCAUACUGAAUCGCGAGAUGCAAUUUCUUGAAUUUCGAAACCCUCCUAUCGCUGAUACCUUCGGGCCAUUAUGGAGGACUAUCCAUUCCAGUAAUGGCUUGCUUUGUCUCGAUCUCAUCAUAACUAAUGGACCUUACAAUUCCUUUAUGUUGUGGAAUCCGGCUAUUAGAGAGGUCCGACAAGUGCCUCACUUUAUUAAUGAUUUUGAGAAGAGUGAUGAUGCUUCUGUCGGAUUUGGGUUCAGCCCAGUUGUCAAUGAUUACAAGAUUGUGAAACUUUCUUUGCUUGAUCGUAUGGUUGUUGAAGUGGAAGUAUAUGCACUAAGGACAGCGUUUUGGAGGAAAGUUAAACUUGGCAAUUUAGAAGUUACAACUAUUAAGAGUGAUCACGGUUUCCCUUGUAAUGGAUCAAUCUUUUGGUAUGGGUUAAAGGAAUACGAUAGAAUUCAUGUGAUAGUUUCAUUUGAUAUAGCAAUUGAAGUCUUCACAUUGAUACCCUUUCCUACUGAGUCGCUUGCCUUUGAAUUAUCUCCCUUUAGGCUUACGAUGUAUGAUAACAAACUUGCUCUGUGCAAUCUUUGCCUUUCAGUGCCUCUCGUCUUCUUACUUUGCCUUUUUAGCUCAUCUGACACUACUAGUUCUGUUCGUCAUUUUGGUUUGCUGUUCCAGUGGGAUGGUGGUGGGAACUGGAAAGGGUCGGUCAUGAGGAGAAGAGUGGAUGAUGGUGGCUUGGAAAAAUUUGCAUAA